CGAUGGCGGAGUUGGAUCGAUCCUCUAGUGUCUGGGAAGGCGGAGGGUUCCCAGAGUGGGAGGUCCUGGCCCACCCUGCGAGGGCGGCGACGGGACGGCCAGCAGUGUGGCCGAGCUCCGGGUCUUAGCGGGGCGGCCGCCUGCCUCUCCUUAGAAAGUGGCCGCGAAGUCGGCACGCCGGGCCUCCCACGUUUCACUGUCCUGUUCCCCCGCACAUCACCCCAACUGCAGAACGAGCUGGGUCCCAGCUGAGAUCUUUAGAGGGAGUGGUGUGUGCCAUUUACGUUUUCUGUAGCUCUGAGGUCCCCUCACGCGUCCCCAGCCAGAGGGCCAUCGUUUUCUUGAGAAAAGCGUUACACCCGUUUUAGUUAGACGGGAGUUCACAAUGGGAAGUGCUUUGAGAUUACAGACAUCCUGCCAGAAUGAUUUCUUCAAAGCCCAGACUUGUCGUACCCUAUGGCCUCAAGACUCUGCUCGAGGGAGUUAGCAGAGCUGUUCUCAAAACCAAACCAUCAAACAUCACCCAAUUUGCAGCAGUUUAUUUUAAAGAACUUAUUGUGUUUAGAGAAGGGAAUAAUUCUCUGGAUAUAAAAGAUCUGGUUAAACAAUUUCAUCAGCUUAAAGUAGAGAAGUGGUCAGAAGGAGCGACACAGGAGAAGAAACCAGAAUUUGUAAAAGAACCAGAAGGAACGCCUGUAGUUUGCCAAGAACCUACACGGAUGGAAAAAUCCACGUACACAGAGGAGGACAAUAUAAGUGGACCACAGUUUAGCAACAAGACCACCCAGUUUCCAUUAUUUAAUACUGAGUUCCCACAGACUGAGGGGACAACUGAAGCAGUUAAUGGUCCUUCUUCCAAACCAGUCACCCCCAAGACUACCACCCCACCCUCAUCACCAUCUCCAGCAGCUGUCUCAGCAGAGUUUGCCUAUGUCCCAGCUGACCCAGCUCAGUUUGCCACUCAGAUGUUAGGUAAUGUUUCAUCUAUUCAUUCUGAUCAAUCUGACAUUUUAAUGGUGGACGUGGCAACAAGUAUGCCUGUUAUUAACAAGGUACUGAGCUCAGAGAUUGAUGAAGAACUCGUGGUGACCACUCCUCUGUGUCCUGGAGAGGCAGUAUCUGUACAGGUUGUGAGCCAGACAUCUGUGCAGGUAGAUGUGGGUCCUGUACCUAAGGACUAUGAGGCUGAACUAUCAACGGCUUUCUCAAUCCCCUUGCAGGCUGAACAAGAUCCUCCUGCUUAUGAUCAAGCUCCUAAGGUCCCUUUGCAGGCUGAUUCUCAGGUUACAACAGCCCUUCGUAUAUCAUCUAUAUAUAACAAUCAGCCUGUCGCUGAAGGAAUUGUCUAUGUUGAGCAAAUACCAGAACAUAUAGUUAUCCCUUUUACUGAUCAAGUUGCUUGUCUGAAAGGAAAUGGGCAGUUACCACCAGUUAGUUCCAAACCUGUACAGUUGGAGGAGGAUGCAGAUUUUGAGUCCUCAAUAAAUAUGGAGGCAGAAGCUACCGUUCUGCUCUCCGACACCCGUUUGGAAGGUCAGCCCAAGGGAGCUGCAGAAUCCUUGGAUGCAGAGGGCUUUAUCAAAAUAGGCUCUGAACAAUCUCUGCAUGUUGAAGUGGAGAUCAUUUCCACAGACCCUGGGCAGAAGGAGACACAGGAGAACUCUGCACCCCAGGACACAGAGGGCAAACCUGUGCCCUCAGGGGACACUGCAGCAGUGUACUCAGUUGCACCCAUAAAGUCAUCUAGUGGCCCCUUCCCUCGUAUUCCAGAAGGCCUUACUGAGCCAGAAAUCGAACCCGAGGGGGAAGCAGUACCUGAACAGGUUUGAUGAGGCCAGCACUAGCAACAAGCGAAGCAGGACAACCACCACCAUAUUCUAACAUGUGGACCCUUUACUGUCUAACUGAUAUGAAUCAACAAAGUCGCCCAUCACCGCCACCAGCACCUGGGCCUUUCCCCCAAGCAAC